AUGACUGCCAACAAACCCACCUUGAAAAUCAACUUCUACAACGAUAAGGUCACCUCAAUCACCUUUAUCGACAACGAGGACUACAGUGUUCCUGACAUUGUCAAUUUCAGCAAUGUUUUCUUAAGGGACUCCUCCACCUCCCCUGAUGCAUUCGACCCUGUUUCUGGCCAAAAAUUGUUCACAACAUCUUCGAUUCCAAAGGAUUUAAUUCCAGCAAAGGAACCAGAAAUCUAUUUUGACAAUUCUCUUAAUGAAUUUGUGAUUAAGAUUAAUUGGAGCGACAAGAAUGAAUCUGUUUAUCCCGAAUCGUUCUUGAGAAAAUACUCCUCUGACGAAAACAGAAAAUCUGGCAAAUACUAUGAAGAUAGAGUGGAAUUUUGGAACUUGAAGAAAUUGCUCAAACCUCAUAGAGUCUUAUAUUAUGACUAUAUCAGUUACUUGGAAAAUAAAGAUAAGGCCUUUUUAAAUUCUUUAAUUAACUUGAAUAAGUUCGGUUUGACCUUUAUUAAUAAUAUUCCAAAGGAUAUUGAAAUUGGCGACACUGAAGACCCAUACAUUGAAAAAAUUGCUAAGAAAAUUGGUUACAUUAAGGAAACCUUUUGGGGAAGAUUAUUUGAUGUAAGAUCUGUUCCAACUCCUAAAAACAUAGCCUAUUCAUCAAAAGAAAUCAUUCUUCACAUGGACUUGAUGUACUAUGAAUCUCCACCAGGUUUACAACUCUUGCAUUCAAUCAACAAUAAAGUUGAAGGUGGUGAAUCAAUUUUUGUUGAUGCCUUUAAUGCAGCAAGAUACGUCAUGGAAAAGGAUCCUCAUGGUUACUUUGCCCUUUGCAAUGUUCCAAUCAACUACCAUUAUGACAACGAUGGCCAUCACUAUUUCUACUCAAGACCUUUAAUAGUCGAAGACCAAAAUAAAAUCGAUCCUUUAACUAAUUUGGCUGAAAUCACAGAAAUUAAUUACUCUCCCCCAUUCCAAGCUCCUUUUGAAUUCGGUAUUACCUCUCCAUUAAGAAAAAUCGGUGAUUUUAAAGAUCAUGGUAAAAUUGAUAAUUACCAAUCUGCAAAGGACUCAGGUGAUAGAUACUUAUUUAGAGACUUCCAUAGAGGUUUAAAAAUCUUUGAAGAUUUCAUCAAUAACCCAGAAAAUCAAUACCAAUUGAGAUUAGAAGCUGGCGAAGCUGUUAUCUUUGACAACAGAAGAAUCUUACAUGCAAGAACUGAGUUUGUUGAUGAAGUUGGUAGCAAAAGAUGGCUAAAGGGUUGUUAUAUCGAUAGAGAUAGUUACUUUUCUAAGUUAAGAACAACCUAUAAAGCUCAUAAUAUUUAA